CCCGCUGUCCCACCAGCAGCGAUGACCGAUUGGAGCUGGGUGGCCUACACAGCCGUGGAGGUGCUGAUCGCCGUCGCGUGUUGCCUCGGGAAUGUGCUGGUGGUGUGCGCGGUGUGCGUCGGCAUCCGGGAUUCUCUUCGGGAGCCCACCUUCUGCUUCCUGGUUUCUCUGGCCGUGGCGGACUUCCUGGUGGGCGUGGCCGCCGUGCCCCUGGCUGUACUAUUGGACGGCUGGGUGAGGCUGACCCCCGAGCUGUGCCUGCUCCUCAGCUGCGUGGUUCUGGUGCUGACGGAGGCCUCGGUGCUGUCGCUGCUGGCCAUCGCCGUGGACCGGUACUUGCGUUUGCACACGCCUCUCAGAUACAAAGCCCUGGCGACACAGAGGCGCACGUGGCUGGCCGUGUCUGUGUGCUGGAUACUCUCCUGCAUUCUGGGGUUCACGCCUCUGCUUGGCUGGAACAAUCGCUCUCCCACCAACACAUCCUCCACCAUGUCUCCACCGUGCACCUUCCUUUCAGUCAUUUCCCUUCCCUUCAUGGUCUAUUUCAACUUCCUGGGAUGCGUGAUGGCGCCUCUGCUGGUCAUGACCCUGCUCUACAUGAGAAUCUUCUGGAGUCUGCAGGGACGUCUGAAGGACAGCAGCAAUCCUCAGGCCCAGGCGUCGCUGCUGAGGGAGAGGAAGCUGGCCUGCUCCCUGGCUCUCGUCCUCAUUCUGUUUGCGGUCAGCUGGAUUCCUCUGCACCUGAUGAACUGUCUGCUGCUCAUUCAGGGUCCUCAAGCCGUCACGAGAGGAUCCGUUUACACAGGUAUUCUCCUCUCUCACGCCAACUCAGCGGUCAACCCUGUGCUCUACGCCUACCGCAUCCCCAAGAUCCAGCAGGCCUACACUCAAAUAUGGAGACGCUUCUUUCUGAGAAGGAACUAUCGCCACGAACAGAGGGAUGUUCGGAGGUCUGUGACGGGAACUGAAAUGCUCUCACAGAGAUGUGUGAAUCAAGAGGGGGGACCACACCUUAACAAAGCGCCACGAGGUCCUUUGGAGAGCAGCGUGUUUGAUGCCUGAGUUCAAGGGACUUUUUUCAUGAAAGAACAUGUGACUGUCACUGUGUACGACAAUGUUUGAAGUCUUUAUCAAAGCUGUGUAUCCUACUUUGUCUUUUAUAGCAUUCAGGAAGUGUAUUGUAUUCAGUCAGAGAGAAGAGAGAAGUUCUGAUUGAGAAAAUGUCAUGAAAUUGCAAACGGAGCUCUUGUUUUCUUCACCGAAUGGCGAUCCAAUGCAGGUAAGUUAAGUCUUGUCAGUUCAGAAAAGCAGUAGGUAUGGACACACUUCAUGCUUUAAUCUUUGCAAACACUCUUCUAACA